AUGAAGUCUUUUCUUGUGUUUUUGCUGCCACCUAUAUUAUUUUUUAUGAAUAGUGGUUUUUUUAGUCUGGGGCUCACACAAGAUGCCAAUACCACGGUAUCCGGGUCAGGGUCCUGCAUUGAGAAGGAGAGGCAAGCGUUGUUGAUUUUUAAAAGCCACCUUGGUGAUGUGUUUAAAUAUUGGGGAAACGAUGAAGAAAAGCGGGGUUGCUGCCAAUGGGUGGGUGUUUAUUGUGACAGCCACACUGGUCAUGUGAUCAAACUUGAUCUUCAUGAUAGAGGGUUGAACGGAUCCGUAAAUGGUUCCCUUGGAAAUUUGAGUUCUCUUGCACAUUUAGACCUGUCUACUAACAAUUUAACUGGAAACUUGCCCAAUACUGUUUGUCAACUUCCAAAACUUGGUUACCUUGAUGUUAGUAACAAUUCUUUAAACGGAAACAUACCUGACUUCAUGGGCUGUCCAUCUUUGUCGACCUUAGACCUCUCAAGUAAUAAUUUUACUGGAGAUUUGCCUAACAGUGUGGGCCAACUUACAAAUCUUCAUUAUCUCGACGUUAGUGGCAAUUCUUUCACCGGAAACAUACCUGACUUCACGGGCUGUCCAUCUUUGUCGACCCUAGACUUGUCUAAAAACAACUUUACUGGAGAUUUGCCCAUCAGUGUCGGUCAGCUUUUAAAACUUAGUUAUCUUGAUGUUUCAUCCAACUCCCUUAAUGGUGCAAUCUGUGACCAACAUUUUCAAAACCUCACCCACUUAAAUUUUUUGGAUCUGUCUUUCAAUUCCUUUUCAUUUGAUCAGUUGAGGUCCAUUCCUUCUCAAUUGGAGACGAUAAGAUUACAAUCUUGCAGGUUGGGGCCUAGUUUCCCUUUCUGGCUCAAAACUCAAAAAAGUUUUAUAUAUCUCGAUAUUUCAAGUGCUGGAAUAUCACAUAGCAUUCCUUCAUGGUUUUGGGGUCAGCUACCAUCCAGUUUGAAUUUUCUAAACAUCUCCUCAAAUGAAAUAAAAGAUGUGCUAGUAGAUAUAACAGUUGACUUCGAUCAGUACCCUGGAAUGGAUUUGAGUGACAAUCAUUUUGAAGGUAGGGUAUCACUGUUGCCUUCUAAACUUGCCGCAUUAAGCCUCUCUGGAAACAAGCUCUCCGGAAACCUCUCUUUCUUGUGUCAAAUUGAUGAGGCAAUUUCUUUGAUUGACCUCUCAAAAAAUUCAUUCACAGGGAGCCUUCCUGAUUGUUGGUCGAAAUUCCAAAAAAACUUAACAAUUCUUAAUCUAUCAAAUAACAAUCUGUCUGGGAAACUUCCUCCUUCUUUGGGAAACUUGUCUCGGCUGGAGGCAUUGUAUUUGCGAAACAACACCUUUGUUGGUGAACUUCCAAUGUCCUUGAGUAACUGCACAAAACUAAGGUUUGUGGAUCUCGGAGAAAACAACUUAUCUGGCGUGAUACCUGCAUGGAUAGGGGAAAGACUAACGGAGUUAUACGUUCUUGUUCUCCGAUCUAAUAGAUUCUUAGGUACUCUACCUACGCAAAUUAUCAGGCAAUAUUCCUGA